AUGGAGAAUGUAGGAACCGGGAGCAAUGGCACCAGCAGCAGCAGCAGCAGCAGCAGCAGCAGAAGAAACGGCAGCAGCAGCAGCGGUGGCAGUUCCGGUGGUAGUGGGGCAGCCAAGGAGCAAGGAUACAAGGUGUUCUCAGACCCGUUGGUCACAUCAUCCGUGCUCAAAUGGGUGGACGACGAAGAGGUGCGUCGGCGGGUGUACGUACUAGCCAACGCCUCCCCAGGGUCCAACCUGCACCAGCUGGACCGCCUCAUCGACCUGCGCUCGCAGCUCGCCAAGGAGCUGAGCUUCCCCUCAUACGCACAUCUCAUCAAUGCGCCUCUCAUGGCCCGAACACCCGACACUGUUGACUCCUUUCUGCACAACCUGGGAGCACAGCUCACACCCAAGGUCUUCCAGGUGAUCUCUUCCUGCUUCCCUAUACACGCGUGUGUGCGCGGCAUGGCAGUGCUGGUCAAGUCUCUCUCUUCAACGUCCACCUGCAGGCUGCUGCCUUAUGUGCUUCGCAUCAAACCCAGCCACGUGCUCGCCCCUUCCCUCCUUUCCCUCACACGCCCACGCCCCUCUUUAUCCCCCCAACACCCACCACCAGGUGAUCUCGUCCUACUUCCCGUUGCACGCGUGUGUGCGCGGCAUGGCAGUGAUGGUCAAGUCUCUCUUCAACGUCCACUUGUUGCCUUGUCUUCCUCGCACACCCAACCCUGCCCCUGCUCCAACCCCCGUCACUCCCCACACACGGCUAUUGCCACGCCCAUUUCCGUCCCCAACUCCCACCACCAGGUGAUCUCGUCCUACUUCCCGUUGCACGCGUGUGUGCGCGGCAUGGCAGUGCUGGUCAAAUCCCUCUUCAACGUCCACCUGCAGGCUGCUGCCUUGUGUGCUUCGCAUCAACCCAGCCACGUGAUCUCGUCCUACUUCCCGCUGCACGCGUGUGUGCGCGGCAUGGCAGUGCUGGUCAAGUCUCUCUUCAACGCCCACCUAGAGCCGGUGCCCACGGCGCCUGGAGAGGCCUGGGCGCCUGAUGUCACUAAGUUCUCCCUCACACACGUCGACCAGGGCCCUCUUGGUUUCAUCUACCUGGACCUGCACCCGCGGAGGGGCAAGUUCUCCCAUGCAGCGCAUUUCACCAUCCGCUGCGGGCGCAGGAAGCACCUGCCUCUGGACAGCAAAGGCCACCUGCUACCAUUCCCCCAUUCCUCGACGGGCUCCCACAGCAACAGCAGCAGCAGCAGUGACGGCUACCAACUGCCGGUCGUGGCACUCGUAUGCAACUUCGCAGCAUCCUCCCGCUCCUCGCCCUGCCUGCUGGCACACCACGACGUGGAAACUCUAUUUCACGAAUUCGGUCACGCGCUGCACUCGCUGCUCUCUCGCACCGCGUUCCAGCAUCUAUCGGGAACGAGAGCAGCAUUGGACUUUGUGGAAGUGCCCUCCAACCUGCUAGAGUACUUUGUGUGGGACCAUCGCUUCCUGGGUGAGUUCGCAGUGCACCACUCCACGGGCGAGCCCAUCCCGCGCUCCCUCGUGGACUCCCUCAGGGCGUCCAAAUCCAUGCUCGCUGCCUCCGACCUCCAGACACAAGUAGUCUACUCUCUCAUGGACCAAGCUUAUUUCGGUGUAAACCCCCCGCGCCCCACAUCCUCGUUACUAACGCCUUCGCUAUCGUCACAAGCAGCUGCUGCAGCCAUGUCAGCAGGAGCAGCAGCAGGUGGUGGUGCUGGUGGGGGCGGGACCGGUGGGAGUGGAGGGGACACAACAGCAGUGAUGGCGGAUUUAAUGGGGAGAUAUAUGGGUGUGGCUCAUGUGCCUGGCACGUACUGGCAGUCACGCUUCGCACAUCUCACGGCCUAUGGUGCAGGUUACUACACCUACAUUUAUGCCAAGUGUUUUGCAGCGCAGCUUUGGAGGCGCCUUUUCGAAGAAGACCCCCUCAAUCCGGAGGCAGGAGAGUUGUUACGCUCGCACUUGUUACGCUACGGAGGGGCGGGGGAUCCCCGGACACUUUUAGAAUCGCUUUUGGGGCCCUCGGCCUUUGAUUUGAGCCAUGGAUCAAGAGGAAAUGGUGGUGGUGGUGUGGAGGCUGGAAAACUUGGGGAGAGUAAGAUGGGUGUUUGCCCAAGAACAGAUGAGCUUUUAGAAGAUAUGGAUGUGUAG